UCAGGAAAUAAACCUGACUUAUAACUUCUGGCUAUCAUUAUAAGAAAAACACAUGUAUGCAUAAAAAGUUUUAGAAGUACCUUACGUAUGAGUUUUCUUCAUUUACUGGCAUUCGUAUUCAGACGAAAAACUGGUCUUUUGAUUCCUUAUUUCAAUAAAGCAAAAGAUUCAAAAAUGCUAGUAAUUUUGAUGAUUGCCACUUGGAUAAACUCUGCAGAGUCACAACUUUUGAAUGCAACCUUUAUUCCUUUCGUCACGGGCCCGUUGAUUGAUUUGCCUUUUCAAACCAAAUGCUAUGAGGGACUCGGGUGUUUCUAUAAUGGACCCCCAUGGUUCAGUAUUCCUGACAGACCACUUAGUUUUGCUCCAGUUGAUGUUUUCAAAACUGAGUUUUUACUAUUUACUCCGUCAAACAUUGAAGAACCAUACAAGAUGAACUUAACUGAGGAUACUAUUUCAGAUGCUAAUAUUAACCAAAACUAUCCAACUAAAAUAAUAAUUCAUGGUUAUAACGUCAAUGUGCAACCGAAUGACACAAGAUAUCGUAUAAAAAAAGCACUUUUGGAGCAAGGAUCUUUCAACGUGAUAAUCGUUGAUUGGUCGUAUAAUAACCAGCCUCCCUAUCCUCAAGCUGUUGCCAAUGGAAGAGUUGUCGGAGCCCAAGUUGCUAAAUUAAUAAAUAUUUUGCAGAUUAUUAAGAACAUAAGCUUGGAUCACAUCCACAUUAUUGGCCAUAGCUUGGGAGCUCAUAUAGCUGGAUUUGCUGGAAAGAGAUUGAAUGGAGUAUCAAGAAUAACGGGUUUGGAUCCUGCUGGUCCAUACUUUCAAAAUGCCAUACCUAUUUUGCGAUUAGAUCGAACCGAUGCUAAGUUUGUGGAUAUUAUUCAUACAAAUGCAGCUAAUAAUUUUAUACAAGGUUUAGGUCUUGAGCAAAUGAUUGGAGACAUUGACUAUUAUCCUAAUGGUGGCAAUCAUCAACCUGGAUGUUUGACAAAUGUAGAAAUGCUGAAUUCAAUUCUUGCAGGUUUUCAGUAUUUGAUAGCCAGUUCCUGUGAUCACAGUAGAGCCUAUGAAUAUUUCAUAUCGUCCAUAACAGAUUGCGACUACUCUGCUGUGAUGUGCCAGAACUACUUGAUGUACCAGAGCAAAAUGUGCACUAAUUUUAACUCUGUCAUUUCUGAGAUGGGAUACCAUGCACAAAAGAUAUUGGGUUUAAAAAAACAUCCAAAAUUUUACCUACGUACGACAUCAAGUGAACCAUUUUGCCAAAAAAAAGAUGAUUUUAAUAUGCCAACUAGCACAAAUAAAUACUCGUAUUUAUAUUUUGGAUAA